AUGGAGGUAGUACAAAGACAGUUAGGAAUGAAUGGGUGUUUCAGUGUGGGUCGUAUUGGAAUCUCUAGAGGGGUGGAGCAUAUAGGAUUCAGGUUUACAUGGUUUUAUGGUCAUCCUGAAACGCAUCUUCGAAAACAUUCUUGGGAGCUAUUGUGCAGGUUGGAUGGAAAUGGCAGUGGACUGUGGGUAGUUGGUGGAGAUUUUAAUGAGAUCCUCUGA